AAAAAUGUCUCAAGUAUAUGAGAUUGUUAAUAACUAAAACUAAGAACAGAAGUAAGACUUUGAUUAAGUUUAUAUGCAUGAGAAGCCAUAUACAGGUAAGGCACCUGUUAAAGGUACAUAUAAAGAUAGUGCAAUGACACUUAUAAAAGGAUAUGUAGGAUCAGGAAUAUUGGCAAUGCCAUUCAGUUUUUAUGUUGGAGGUUGGCUUUUAGCAAUAUUUAUCUUUUUAAUAAGUGCAUAUAUGUUAAUGUUAUGCGUUCAUUAUCUAAUAGAAGUAGCAAACGCAGAAAACAAAGAAAAUUAAGGUCUUACAGAAGUGGCAGAAGUCACAUAUGGUGAAAAGGGGAAAUAAGUAACAAAAGUUGUUUUGAUUGCCUAUUAAUUAGGAAAGGCAGUUGCAUAUUUGAUAUUCUUUAUUUCUUUCUUCGCUCAUAUAUUUUCAAAUGCUGAUAGUUAAUCUGGAGCAGGUAAUUGGAUAUAUUUGAUAAUGGCAUUCUGUAUUGUACUACCUCUAUCUUUUAUUGAUAAUAUGGCUAGAUUUGCAAAAUUAAGUUUAUUUGCGAAUACUCUUAUUCUUAUUGGUUUAGUUUAUAUUACAUGUAAUCAAGUUUGAAUUAUUUAGUUUAGUUUAUAACUUUUAUCAAAUACUAGAAGGAGAAGGAAUUAGAGAAAAUGUGAUGAAUUUAGCACAUUUUGAAUAGUUUCCAAUGAUUAUAGGAGUAACAGCAUAUGGUUUUGGAGUUCUUCCACUUGCAUUUGCAAUUAGAGUUACUAUGUCAGAACCUUCUUAAUUUAAAAAUGUAAGAAGUUCUUUUUAAUAGGUUAGCUUUUUAAUGUUGUUUCUUAUUUUAAUUUGGGAUUGUUUCUUGGAUUUACAUUAUUAUCAGUAUGGGGUAUGGGUAGUAGAAUGGAAAGUCAAUAAAUAAUUUUAUUUUGUCUUGAUAAUAACCCUUUAUCAUAUGUAAUACAAGUAUGUUAUGCUUUUGGAUUGAUUUGUUCAUACCCUUUAUAAGUAUUACCAGCAUUUCAAUAAAUAGAAAGAAUUGAAAAGUUAAAAAACUAUAUUAAUCCAGAACUUAAAUACUCAAGUUUUAGAAGAUUAGCAAUUAGAUCAUUUAUUAAUUUAAUACUUGGAUUAAUAGGAUAUUCUAUUCCUAAAUUUGCAUAUUUUGUAAAUAUUUUAGGAGCUAUAGGGGGAGCUUCACUGAAUUUUCUAUUUCCAAUAUUGAUUCAUAAAAAAUAUUUUGAAAAAGAUGAAACGAAAAGAAAGAGUAAGUUUACUUAUUAUGGUAUUCUUUCAUUUGGAAUUUGUGGAGGUUUAUGUUCAUUUAUCUACACUAUAGUUAAAUUAACAAGUCAUUGA